CAGACGUGGGUAUAUAAAUAACGUCAAUGCAAAUAAAUUAGUAAUGCAAGCGUUUAAUCGUUUUACAUUAGGUUAACGACAACAGUCGUCACAAAAGUUUUGUUAAAAUUUUUAAUUAAAAGUACAAAAAUUUUUCUAAACAUUGCAAUAAUUAAAACUCAUCAUUACUUAUUGAACAUAAAAUAAACAACAAUGCAACGUGUAAUUGUUUUUUCACUUGCUCCAAAAUUGGCGGAAUACGUUCGAUCAAUUUUACCUCAAGUUAUAGAAGUAAUUGAAAUUCCACCAGAUAAAAUAGAAUGCUAUAACGACCUUCAAAAUGCUGAAAUAAUGAUAGCAGAUUGUGCUGCACUACCAAAGGUUUAUAAUCAAUUAAAUUCUAUUAAAUGGAUUCAAUCAACAUCAGCUGGUGUGGAGCCUCUUUUGCCUUUGUUUCGUUUCAAUGGAAGAUUUGAAAAUCUCGUUGUCACUCGUUUUGUUGAUGAUAUUUAUGGAUUAGACAUGGCUGAAUAUAUUGUAACACAGAUCGUAAAUCACGAAAGACAACAAUGGAAAGAGUACGAAAGUCAAAAAAGAAAGCACUGGACUGUAAAUGGUAUGUUUAAUAGUAGGCGAUUGAUUGGUGAUCUGAAUAUUGGCAUAAUGGGACUUGGAAAUCUCGGAAAAUCAGUUGCUAAAAUAUUGAAAACAUUUGGAGCGACUGUUUGGAGUUUAACUCGAACACAUAAUCCAACUGUCAUUGCUGAAACUGCAUCAUUUGUUGAUCAUCACAGAACAAAUGAUUCAUUAACAGAAUUUUUAUCAAAUUGUGAUUACAUCAUAAGUAUACUGCCUGCAACACCACAGACAGAUGGCUUCUUAGAUGGGGAUGUUUUGAGUUUUUGUCAACAAAGAAAGUCAGUACUUAUUAAUGUUGGCCGAGGGAAUAUUAUUUGUGAAAAUACGAUUAUACGUGCCUUAGAAAGAGGAUGGAUUUCAGCGGCUGUUUUAGACGUUUUCCCGGUUGAGCCUUUACCACAAACAAGCCAAUUGUGGGAUAUGCCUCAAAUAACAAUCACACCGCACAAUGCAUGUUCAGUGAGACCUCAAGCCAUAGCUAAACUUUUUGCAGAUAAUUAUAGAAAAUACAUUCAAGGCGAAUCAUUACCAAAUACAGUAGACUUUAAUCGAGGAUACUAACAAUAACUUACUGCCUUUUUUAAGUUACCACAAGAUCAAGUUUAUUAAUAUUAUUAAUACAUAGGUCAGUAUACAAAAUAACGUUUAUCAAAAGUAUUUUUAUGGAAUUUUAUAUAAGCUAACUGAAUA